AUGCGUUUCUCAAUUAACUCUGGUUUCGCUGUUCUUGCAGUCCUGUCCUUCGCAUCAGUUGGCAAAGCGGUUAGCGGUCGUUGGGGUGUCGCCUUCACCGAGGACGCAACAUUUUCUGGACCACAAGUUGAUAGCUUCGGUAACAGUGUGCCAAGUGGAUGCGUGAGUGUCGACACUAGACUCAAACUUCAAUCGGUGGGUCUAUUCGGAGACGGCCCAUACUGGAAAGUCAGUGAAGCAGGGUGGGACGUUUUCCCCUUUGAGUCAGUGGACUGUUCCAGUGACGAAGAACGUCAAGUCGGUCUAUCUGAAGAAGGUGGUCAUAGGGCUUCUUCAGUGGGCUGGAAUAGCUUCGAAGUACAGUGGUUGGACGCAGUAAAGGGGUAUGAUGAGUGA